UAAAAAUGCAUAGACCCUCCCAAAGUGCCCUCCCUUCCGGAUGUCGUCCUUUUUUUAGCAAUUUGAAAAUGAAUCUGUCAUUGAUUUCCCCCAAAUUGCCAAUCUGAUCAAUGUGUUUGCUUAGCUGAUUUGGACUUUCAGUUCAGCUGGUUUCCAACCAACACCAGAAGCUUAAAAGCAUGGCCCCUCGAAUGCUGCUUCCCGCUUUCAGAAACCGUUCUUUCACUUCACGCAUAAUCGGCAACUAUCGUUCACUUAAGACACUGGUUGUGGCCGAACAUGAAGGGGGCUAUAUCAAGAGUUCAUCAUUAAGUGCGAUAGAGGCAGCCAAAUAUUUGAGCAGUGAUAGUCCUAUAUCUUUAUUACUGGCUGGGUCAGGUCCUUCAAUGAAGGAAUCUGCUUUAACUGCUGCAUCAUGUCUUCCUUCAGUUUCUGAGGUUCUUAUUGCUGAUUCUGAAAUAUUUGAAAAACCUCUAGCAGAACCAUGGGCUAAGCUAGUCCAGUUAGUUCACCAGAAAGGUAGCUACUCACAUAUAAUAUCAGCAUCAAGUUCAUUUGGGAAAGGCAUACUACCACGUGCAGCUGCCCUUCUUAAUGUUUCUCCAGUCACUGAUGUCACUGAGAUUUGUGGACCUCAUCUCUUUGUCAGGCCAACAUAUGCAGGAAAUGCUCUUUCUACUGUUCAGUAUACUGGCCCCAUGCCUUGUAUGCUGACCAUCAGGGCUCCAUCUUUUCCGACAGGUUUAGCUGCUAAUUCAAAACCUAAUGCUGCUUCCAUUGACCAGGUUGAUAUAUCUACCUUGAAUGAAGAUAGCGCAGUUGGCAAAUCAAGAUAUAUACAACUUUGCUCUCAAAAUACAGAGCGCCCCGAUUUGGGAAAUGCAUGUAUUGUAGUUACAGGGGGGCGGGCUCUGAAAAGUGCCGACAAUUUUAAAAUGAUUGAGAAGCUUGCAGAGAAACUUGGGGCUGCAGUUGGUGCGACUCGUGCAGCGGUUGAUGCGGGAUAUGUUCCUAAUGAUCUCCAGGUUGGGCAGACUGGUAAAAUUGUUGCUCCAGAAUUAUAUAUGGCUUUCGGUGUUUCUGGAGCUAUUCAACACAUAGCUGGCAUGAGAGAUUCCAAAUUCAUUGUUGCUGUUAACAAAGAUGCUGAUGCACCCAUAUUUCAGGUGGCAGACUAUGGGCUUGUAGGAGACCUUUUUGAAGUCAUACCAGAGUUGUUAGAGAGGCUUCCCGAGAAGAAGUAGAAGCCAAAUGUAUUCAUUAGAAAGACUGGCACAGUGAUUAUUGUAGUAGACGACGAAACUCUCAUCUCCUCUUUUCCUUCCCUGCUUUUGUGCAACUACGGCCUCCCUUUUCCUUUCCUGCUUUUGUGGUCAGAUGGUUCAUUUGUUUAUUCACUAGGUGGACGUGGAUCACGGUCUGCAAUUCUGCAUCGCUUCUCUCAAGCAAUUGCGACUUCUCCCUAUUUGGAUCCUCUACCCCUGCAAACUUAUUGACGCACAUCACGUCAUCACCAUCGACAUAUAUUGAUGUGAGCUUCUAUGAGGAUGAAAGCUUUGACAAUGACGAGCUUCGAAGCUCCUUUUCUCUUGAUCCAAUUGUGAGCUUCGAAGUCAGCAAUUAGUUCUAUUCUUCUCCUUUCCCUUCUUCAAAUCAUGUUGUUGAUGAACCAGCUACGGCCCACGACAACCGGUUCUAUUCUUCUCCUUUCUCUUUUUCAAAUCAUGUUGAUGAGCCAACCGUCUUGAUGAACCAGCAAACCCCACGAGCUCUAUUGAUCUAAAUCCAUAGUAAUUACAAGAGCUUAUGAAUAUUCUCCACUUUGACGACCAUUGGUAAGGAACUAUGUGUAACAUGGAUUCAGUUUCACCACCCAUCAGACUAAAAUGAGGGGUAACUAAAUGAGAAUUUCUUAAAGAAAAGCAAAAAAUAAUUCAAGCAUUUCGGUUUUAU